CAGAGUGCAGUUUUUGUAUACUUGCACUUUGCAAGGAAAGAAAAAUGGCAUUCCUGGCGCUCCUGGUGUGCAGCCUGCUGGUAGCCUCAUCAUAUUCACAGAACAGCUGGCCAAACUUUGGAGGUUAUGGGGGUGGAAGACCUGGAGGUGGUGGAAGACCUGGAGGUGGUGGAAGACCUGGAGGUGGAGGAAACGGUGGUGGAAACUCUGAAAGGAGAUUGAGUUGUGUAGAUGUAAUGGUCAGGAGGAAUACCGCCAAGUGCGAUGCCGGAUAUACUGCCAUGUCUUGUUCCUGUGGAUCGGGUUGUGGAUCAUACAACUUCAGGGGCUCCGACGUGUGUUUCUGUCAGUGCCAAAACAUAGAUUGGACAAGUGCCCGCUGCUGCAAGAUCGUCUAAUAAUGUUACCCGGAUGUCACCUUUAUCUCACUGUUUAACACAUUAAUUCAUUUUUGACAGCAAUAAAAUACAUUUUAGAAAAUA